GUUUACUCCUCUAUAAAUUGGUACUGAUUUAUUAUUGCUGAAACUAAGCGCGUUACCUGUCUUCCUAUCUUUUAUUACACAGUCUGGAGCCUGGCACACCGAACCUGGCUGCUUCAAUUCUCCACCAAAAACUUCAGAUGCUGAACUACUGCAUAGAGAGGAAGAAAAAACGAGACCGCCGCAACAUCGUCGUGGACGAGUCUGGCUCCCAGCCCAAGUCGGGGUCGAGCGAAAGCGACGAGGAUAUAUUCUACGAGUGUCCCGACGACAUUGCCGCCGAAGGUGACAAGGGCGAGUCUGGGGACAAUACUGCCAUCGUGGGAAACGGCUCGAAGGAGUUUGCGACAACCAGCACAGGAGGACAGGGAGUCGUGCGCGAGGGUGUACUGCGCCGUUGUGGCGACAUGACGCUCCUUGGAAGCAGCGAGCCCCUCUACAUUCCUGUCACACAGGAGCCGGCUCCGAUGACGGAGGACAUGCUGGAGCAGCACGCCGAGGCGCUGGUCAAGCUGGGCAGCAACCCCGAGGGCGCCGUGCUGCGCGCGCGCAUGCAGAGCGCCUGCCUUUUCUCCGACAUGGAGGCCUUCAAGGCAGCCAACCCAGGAGCAUCACUGAGUGACUUUGUGCGCUGGUACUCUCCACGUGACUGGGUUGCGCCAUUAGUGGAUCAAACAACUGGGCAAGUAAUUGAAGAGGGCCACCUGAGUCAUCGUAUGCAGCUACCUGGCAACACUUGGCAGGAGGUUUGGGAGACAGCACGCCCUAUGCCUGCACAUAGGCAGAAACGCCUUUUUGAUGACACCAAGGAAGCAGAAAAGGUGCUGUAUUAUCUGCUGUCACUGCAUCCAGCCGAGAUUGUGAAGCUGUUGAUACCCAUUUUAAUCCACUGUGCCUUAGCACACAUCAUUGAUCAUGCCCACGAGGGUCCUCGUUCUUUGACAACAUUCCUGGAGCAAACCAUAACUAAGGUGGCUUCACAACUCAGAGGAAAAGAACCAAAGUACAAGCCCAAGGUGGACGAACCGUGGGCCCUGGCCGCCCUCGGAGCCUGUCCACCAGUGUGCUAG